AUGAGCAGCAACCUGAGUACAGCUCCUGAAGAGGGAAAAAAGGUGUAUGCGACGAGGUCGAGGGACUCAGGCACGUCGGAAAGCAUCGCCGCGCUGCCGGAAGCCAUGCAGCAAACUACGAAAUACUCCAGCGAGACUCCGCUGUUGAUUCUGGAGAACGAGAGCGAGCACGACAUCCAGUACAAGACGUGCUCGUGGGUGCACACGUCGGGGCUGAUGCUCUCCGAGUAUAUCGUCCUGGCAAUCAUGUCGUUUCCCUGGUCGUACUCGGUCCUGGGAAUCGUGCCCGGGAUUAUCCUUACGCUCUUCGUCGCGUCGACGGUGCUCUACACUGGCCUCACAAUCAUCGACUAUUGCGAGAGGUUUCCACACUUGAAAAACGUGUGCGACAUCGGACAGCACCUGUUCUGGGGCCAGAAGUGGGCGUGGUACGCAACACUAGUGUGUUUCUUAGCCAAUAACACUUUAAUUCAGGGCCUGCACGUGCUGGUCGGGGCUAAGUAUCUCAACACGGUCACCGACCACUCGCUGUGUACUGUCAAGUUCGGCGUCAUUGUGGCGUGCAUCUCGUUCGUGGUUUCCGUACCGCGGACUUUCUCUUCGCUUUCAAAGGUCGCCUACUUCUCUGCCGCCACUAUGUUCAUCGCGGUUGUCCUAGCCAUGAUCUUCGCAGGCGUUCAAGACCAUCCCUACGGCUACGACGGGACCCCGGUGACUUUUCGUGCCUUCCCCGAAAAGGGCACCACCUUUGUGCAGGGCAUGGGCGCUUUUCUAAAUAUAGUGUACACUUUUGUGGGCCAGAUCACAUACCCACAGUUCAUCUCCGAGAUGCAGAGGCCCGCCGAGUUCAGAAAAGUCCUGUACAUCGUGACCACGUGCGAGAUCGUGAUUUUCACCCUGGCAGGUGUUAUCAUCUAUGUCUACGUCGGCAACGAGUACAUGAGUGCCCCGGCGUUUGGAUCGUUGACGAGGACUUUCAAAAUUAUCGCCUUCUCUUUCGCCGUCCCCACAAUUAUUUUCGCGGGUUCGUUAUACUCAAAUGUCUCCGGCCGUCUCUUAUUCUUCACCUUCUUCAAGCGCUCUAAGCACUUGUACUCGCAUACUACGGUGGGCUGGCUCACCUGGAUUGGGAUUCUGGCUCUAACAUGGGUUGGUGCCUUUAUCAUCGCUGAGGUCGUUCCCUUCUUCUCGGAUCUGCUCUCCCUCAUGUCUUCUCUCUUCGACUGUUGGUUUGGCUUCGUGUUCUGGGGUAUGGCAUACUUCAAGCUCAAGGAAGCGAAGUACCAGAAUCCACGUUAUUAUUCACAGUUGACCGCUUCAGAGAAGUUUCAUUUCUUCAUUGCCAUAUUUCUGAUUGCGGUUGGGCUCUUCAUCCUGGGCCCAGGUCUCUACGCGGCCAUCGACAGCAUUAUCCUGAACUAUCAGGACGAUGCCUACGGAACUGUGUUCAGUUGUGCAUCAAACGGCAGCUAA